AUGGCACUCGCAGAAGAAACGUGGCAGGCAGGACCUUGGCAACUUGUACCUGAUGGGCUGUCUGCAAUUGGCAAUGAGAGGACACCAGGUCGGAUGGCUGAAGAGACAUUUGCCAGCUUCCAGACGACUUGUGAAUCGGAGGAGGACAAUGUAGACUUGAUAACUCGCUUGUCUUCCUCCUCCAGCGCCACGCGUCUCAUCACACAGCAUGAAGUUGAACAGCUUUUAUGGCUGACAGAUGCAGGCGACGAGGUCUGGGAGACGAUUCAAUCAGAUGAUCUGACUCAUGUGCGGAGACACAGAGACCGAAGCCUGUUUGGCGGCAGCGCCUUUGUCAAACUCACUGGGCGUGUGGCAAAUGCGACUGCAGCGCAGGUUGCCCACUGCCACAUGCAUUUUGCAGAUCGAGCAGGAUGGGACAAACAAAUGGAUGGAUUCAAAAUUCUGCACCACGAAAAAGGCAACGACCUUCUGUAUUCUGUCAUCCACGCACCUCCAUUGGCAGACCGUGAUUUCUUGAUGCACCAUACAGUGUUCCGGCAUGAGAGUGGCCGCGGGCUAAUGUUUUAUAGCCGCUCUGCGGAUGAUAGCCUGUAUCCGCCAACUCGCGCCGUCAGAGCGAAACAGUACGUAGCAGCACAUCAGAUCACGCAGGAUGCUGAUGGUAGAGGAGUAACUUUCACGACAACCACGGCCAUGGACCCAUAUAUCCCAUUCUUGCCGCGGUGGAUAAUGAGCCUCCUAGUGCCGUCAGAGUUCAGACGAUGGGUCCAUGCAGUGGAUCGACGUUGUAAAGAGCUGAAUCGGGAUGGCAUAAAGGUGCCAUGUUCACCUUUAUUCCUUGCAGAGCCAGAACUUCGGUCUGCUGCAACUGUGGCAUCUGGGCUUUUGCAGGAGGUUGAGGUCAGGAAGGACUCGCUGAAGAGCUUGGCAACAUGCGACGAUUCAACGGAUUCAGAUCCUGUGGGCUAUUUGGACAGUGACCUUGCCAGCGACACUGCUGUGAGCCUUGGGGCUUUGCGUGGAGCUGAGUCGCAGAGAGAGAGCUCGCCUGGAGGCAGUGGUUUGGGUGAGACGAGCCCAAUCCUGGAGGAUGAUGCAAUUGUCACCGCUGCACCAGGCUCCUUCUGGGGAUGCGCCCCUUGCCGCUGUGCCUGA